ACAUGUACCCAUUCCAGGUGAUAAAAACCGCAAGUUUAUUUUCCGAAAUUUUGGAGUAACUAACUACGCAUUUUUGAUCACGGACGACUGCGAAAGUUCAUUCAUUCAUAAAUAUGUAAAUCACUUGAAAUCAUUGCGCUCAGAAGUGUAUAUAGUACGCUCAUGUCCUAUUUAAGUUAAAUCUGCCAAGGGAAAAAGACAACCUACACAGCUUUAAUAUCGUAGAGGAUCGCUUGUUUAAAGUACACAUUGUGACAAUGAGCAUGCUUGCAUUUAUGGAGGGGACUGCACGUGAAUUCUCCCUGUUUCUAACUUUUCUAAUUGUUUGCCUCACCCAUGGGCAAGAAGGAUACACAACUUUUGGACUAUGUUCGUCAAAAAUGGAUGUUUUGACAUCGGAGGGGAUCUACAUUGAACCAAUCGCCAGAAGCUUUGUCCGGUUGCACAGACUACACAAGCCUUUUGGAAACGGACAUGUACUUUCACUUGAGAUGAACGCAACUUCGCCCAAUGGGGUCGUGUUUUACAUGGCGUCAAAGCACCAGCAUCCUGAUAAGUCAGAGUUCAUUGCCUUGGAGAUUGUGGACCGCUAUUUUCGAUACCACAUCAAAUGUAGCCACCUUAACGCAAUGUUGACAGUGCCAAGAAUAAUUGCCAACGAUAGGAAAUUUCAUAAGAUUUCAUUUGAAAGAUCUCGAUCACGAGGAAAAUUGCUAAUUGAUGGAAAACGUUUCUUUCAAAACUUCCGGGUAGAGUGCAAAGGCUUCCGGUCCAUUGUUUUAGGUGGACUCCUACCAGAGGACCGGAAACACACGAAUCCUUUACAGAAGUACGAAUCCCAUUUCGAAGGAUGCAUACGCAACGUUGAUACUUCUACUGGUGUUGCAGACGAGCCUCGAUAUCAUGCAGUAUCACAAUGUCAUAACACGUGACAAAUCACAUGACAGGAAGCCUCUGUUCUUCUUCAUCACGAUUGGUGCAGCCAUUACCCUGUCUCCCACUGAUUCUACAGUGGGUCAUUAUCCACCCUGGCAAAGUUAGCCCGGGCAGUUUCGUUUGUCGUGAAUAUGUAUUAUACACUUUGUGGAGUUUUAGCAGAACUGUUUACUAAAUGAAGCAAUGUAUUAAUCAUAACCGUCCUGAUAUGUGUGUUGUGAGCGAAGGAUGCGUGACCUCAAUUGUAAAUAUAUGUACAUUAGUCAUUCACUACAGUCAAUUUGAAUGAAUCUCAUGAAAUAAAAUACUUUCUUACAAGAUAUUGUCA